AUGCCCAUUCACAUACUCAUAAUCCUGAUAUCGCUUCUUUCGGAAUCUGUGGCUUUCAUUACCGGAUUCCCGUUUAUUUCAGUAAUCCCACCUCUGGCAGGAUGGGCCGCUUAUCAGGCAUAUGAUCAUCUGGAGUGCCUCGUAAGAGAGUGCUGCAAGACGGCUGUUCACUUUGAUUCAUCAAGUAAAAUUGGCGUCUUUUCUGAAAUAACAUUUUAGAACUGCGUGAAGAUUUGAGAUCUAGACUUCAUGGACAACAUAUUGCGGAGGAGCGCCUGUACAGCCACGUGAAGGUUCCGAUUGCGCUUUUAACUAUAUUGUCAGGCCCACAUGGAUGACCCCAACCCGAGGAAAGCGCUGGUUCUAUCCUUACAUGGAUUUACCGGCGUUGGGAAAAAUUUUGCAUCCUCCAUUAUUGUUUCCAAUAUCCUACGAAAAGGCGAACACAGCCGUUUUUAUCACUUCUACGACUCAACCAUCCACUUUCCACACGAAGACCUUGUCGAAGAUUAUAAGGUUAGUCAACCACGCGGUUAUUCUGGUUUGCAUUUCGUUCAGGGCCUCCUGGUUUUUUGUUGAUUUUCCCUUAUGGCUGACUAGUGUACAUUCUGUUUACACCAACGACCUAGAUGACACGCAAAGUUCCUCAGCAUUGUUUUCACCCGAGCAGCAUUUUUACGUGUUAGUCUGUGUUACUCACCGUGUCCAAUCUGUUGUCUCAUUAGGUCAGACUUACCAUCGGUCCGAUAUGAAAAGGAGAGAGUGAGGCCUAUCCGACUCGCAGGCGACAGACUCAUGCUACAAAAGAUCUGGCGAGAUAAUUUAGUGUUUUUCCGACAUGAGCGCCAGGCUAUAGUGGUUUCUUGAUAUAAUCUUGUUGGCAUCCCCUUUGCCAAGAACCGAGAUUCGUUUUUCAUAAUCUGGUUCGAGUAUGUGACGGGCCAGCACAUGUAGCAUUCACUGAAUAGUUUUAAUGCACCUCAGCCCUUGCGCUUGAUCUCAAUUUCAGUUGACUUCACCCGAACUUUGCAAAUUAUGUGUACGAAAAGGGAGGAUGAAUUGGAUCAGUUUAGCGCCUACUUUCAUGUCAGUCACUGCGCCUAAUCCCGCCUCCGGUCUUCUUGACUCCGUCUUGACACCGGUGGUUUCGUUAUGUAGUUUUGUGGCACUCUUACUUGCGUUUUCCUUCGAGACGUUUUCCUCCUUUGUAACUCGGCUGGUACUUGCAUAGGGACCAGGAAAUGAAUGGUGCGCAUAGACGUAUUUUCAGUCGUUACGCCCGCGGUUGUUUCUAUUAGUCCUAACGUUUUUGUUCUAUUGCAACUUAGCGAGUGUGGUGGGAAAAGAAAGAUAUUGUGUAGGUUACCGUCACUCUUAAAAGGCUGUGCGUUGGGACGAUAGAGCUGCUUAUCGAGCAAGACGGCUAAUUUAUUAGGUGCAUCAUCGAUUCUUGCAGUAACUCACUUCUUGACACCUUCGGACGAUCCAUAACAUGCUGAAGAGUUGCUUCUGUGUUCGGCACAUGUGGAUCCAACGGGGCAUUUGCCUUGUCUUAAACGAUUAAUCCUGCAUUCAUCUUGUUGACUGAUUGCUUCCGUUCGUUGAAUGUUAUCACAGUAGAGACCAGAAACGCUCUUCUGAACCCUUGUGUACGAGACGCGUGUCGCAACUACCAACAGCAUGCGGAUGAACUGAAAUACAAUCGAAUCUGCCGCUGCCUACCAGGUCAAAUUUAUUAUUGCGUACUCUACGUGUGUUCACCUAACAACGUUCUUCAUGACUGCCUUGGCCACUGUACUCCGUGACUGGCGUGUCUUUAGUGAUUUUAUUUUACUCUUUUGUGUCAGUUCCACUGACUUUCGUCACAGGCAGGCGAUCCGUGGACUGUGGGUCCAAUUUGGCCACAUUCACCAGUGUUCCGUUGACUUAUCCGGUCGUUUCAAGAAAAAUUAUAUUUCGAAAAAUCUCAUCGAGUUUGUGCUUAACGAGAGUUGUUUUGCAGGUCGUCGACUUGCCGUGUCAGUACGGUUGGAAUCUGUCUGACAGAGUAAGUAAAAACUAGCGGCAGCUCAAGGAAUUUCGAUGCAGUGGUGGUUCCUACACUGAGAUUUGUCAUCGUUAUUGAGUGUUAGCCGUGGGAGUGUAUCUAGGACGUUGGAGUAGGCUUCUUCUUUUUGAACUGUACACUAGACGGCUUUGCUCGGCUAUUAGCUGGUUUAAUCGAACAACACCACGGAUCUCUACAUGCUAGUCGUUAUGAUACAGGGUUCAUUAGUAGGCUACAAACUAUAUCUAAACUCACACAAACGCCGAGAAUCUAGAAAUUCGUAAUCGGAUCAAACUUGGUAUGUUGAAGUCGAAAAGUCCCCAUUCUCCACACUAUCUUGUCUCGUAAUGAUGAAGUGCUCUCAACUCGCCUAUCUCUAACUGCCCGAGGACUGGGUUGGCCUAUUUUCCAAAGUCGAUAGAUCUCCCCGACGUUACCGGUAACCCAAGUAUGUUUAAACACUAGGACGUUUAUCCUUCAAUCUGAGAAUGCCGAUCUGAUAUCUGUUUGGAAACCAAUCCUUCUGGCACUGCGGAUCAGUUAGAUGAUAAGACUGGACGUUCAGUUGAUUUCUUUACCCUCGUUAUGCCCUGAUACGUCAGGUAAGACAUGUUUGAGAGUUCGAUUCCACGAUGUUCAAGCCAGCAAAGGCUAGAACCCCAGGAUGAUAGUUUAAGAAGCAAGAACUCUCUGGAACAAACUUACCUACUGGCCAACGUCUCCAAUAUAUGCGCCGUCCAUUCACUCUCUAAGUUUGCUUGUUGAUUUAGUUGGACUCGGAGUAAUCCUUUUUUCUCCAUCUUUGUCGUUUAGACAGUUUUUUGUCAACUGACGGUCGCGAUAGCGUUGGUGGUUACUUGUAUGCUUUGGCGGUUAACUUUAUAAGGUAAAUGUUUAGCCGGCAUGAUUAGCUGGUAACUGGGCCAUCGACGGUCGACUUCAAGCUUAUUGCGGCCGUCCUACUUGUACUAAGUUUAAGACCUGAUUAUUCUGAGACAGGCCAGUCGAUUAAACUGGCGUCUGGACAAAACCUCUUGUCUGAGUCGUUUGCCGUUCAAAUGCCUCGGCUUUGAACAGCCGCUUCUUGAAAUUUAAGAGUGCAGACAACCUCUUGCACGUAUCAAUUUUUUUAGCGUUGUGAACUGACGCUUUCUGUCAACCGUCAAACCAGUACAAAACACUUGCAACACUUCACAGCAAAUGUUUCCCUACGUGAUUACCUCACAUCCCGGCCAAUUGUACUGGCUGGCUAAAACAUAUGAACACAGGUCCUUCAGUCACGGCCACUCAUACGCCACAAUGCAUACAUACUAGGACAUAGAGCCCAUAAAUUUGCUCUUACAAAUCCGUAAAAGCGGCCCUCUCACGAUCAUCGAUGCAUCAUAAGCAAACUUAGCUGAAUUUCCUGUUGCGAUUUAAUUUUCCUUUUUUUCGUCUGUAGACUGAACUUCAGUCCCAAAUACGCAAGGCAGUUGCAUCCUGUGGCGUCUCGAUAUUCGUCUUCGACGAGGUGGAUAAAAUGCCUCCGGGCGUUUUGAAUGCACUUGUCCCAUUCCUCGGUUUCUCGAAAUCCAUCGAUGGCCUAGACUUCCGUCGAUCCAUCUUCAUAUUUCUCGGGUGAUUUACAAUUUUUUGGCGUGAUUUCUCUAGAACAUAGUUGACCUUUAAAAUGCUUGCCGUCGAGAUCUACAACAUUCCUAUUGAAUGAUGAAAUGACAUCGUGCGUGAUUUGCGUAUUUUUCGAGCGACUUUGCCUGACAAACUUUCCUUUUUCUAAGUCUUGCCCUGUGAAAAUGUGAGGUAUCUCGGGCAUGCCCGAUGAAUUUACGCGCUGGUCUAUUGUAUUGGGCGCACACCGAUCCAUUGGCUUCCCGAAUAAAUACCUGAUCUGCAGCGACAGAGAAUGGCAGGUGAUGAGGCACUGAUGAAAUUCGGUUCGAUGAAGUGCCUAUGACCCAUCUGGUAGACCCCAAUGGUGGACCAGCUGCGCCAGGUGCGUCUGUGCGCAUGUUUGUGUUUCUAGUCCCAGCUGGUGGUCAGGGUUAUGAUUGGCUGAAUGGAGGCAAACAAGCCCGAAACAGCCCCCAGACUCUGUCGUCUCCCCUCUUGGCCGACCUUGGCCUGGUAGGUGGCUGCCUGUUCGUGACUCCUAUCGCCCAUACGAAGCGUAUUUGCUUCGGUGUGCGCCCAUUAUAUAUGAAAUCGUAGGGGGACGCUCACUGAUAGUUUUAACAGAACUCAAUCGUCCCGUUGUGCCUUACGGGCUCUCUCUCUCGAGCCCAACCAGCAGCCGCACAGCGGCGCAUGAUAUAGGCAGAAUGUUAUUACCGGCAAAGACAAGGGAGACUCAAAUGGCUAUUCUGGCAUAUUAGCUGUCGUCAGCCAGUCAUACCCAACCCCGAGGUGUGGAACACCUAGUGAGCGCCCCUCUACCAUUGUACAUUCCCUAUCGCAACCGACAGGUCAACGAGCCCAUUGCCCAGUGGUUAGAGGCGUUAGACUUCUAACUAACAGGUCCCGGGAUCGAACCCCAGGCGUUCCACACUUCGGGGUUGGAUAUGACUGGCUGACGACUGCUCCUUGACGGUCCUACCAGUUUCGACGAUGUCCAACGUGUGCUUCACAGCAGGGUGAAAGCAGGGGCGGAGACUUGCACGUGCAUCAGUUUACAGUGAUAGGAGACUAGCGCAGCAUAUACCGCACUCUCUACCUCUCCCACCUGGUCCCGAUAUCAUGGCCGAAUCAGGAAGUCCGAGGGCGCAGAGGCCGCAAGGGGUUCACGCAGCGGAAACCGCACCCGGAUGUGCCACUAAACCCCCUGGUCCACAACACCUCUGGACCAAAAUUCUAAACAACAGCGAACGCCUUAACCACUGAGCCACGAACUCAUUGUCUUGCUCGUUGAUUUGGUUUGCUCGCUUUCUACCACUGCGUAAAAUGGUUUCAAUAUCAUAGAUGUUCUGACCAGCGAUACGCAUAGACAGAACUCCGUAAUGACAGGUGAAGCAUUACGUUAAUCCUGAUGCAAGCACAGUGUGACAGCUCCGCCCAUGCAUCGUAAAAUGAGGGUAGAAAAUACGGGAAAGCGGCCCUUCCUCUCGAAGAGGCUUUUUGAGCAGUUACUCUUUUGGGAACUAGCCGACAGCGACCUGAUAAGUACAAGCAGUUUCAACACCCGCAUCGUCGUAGAAUGAACCUAACCUGGUGGUAAACACUUAAGUAACCAACCAGAAAUCAUUGCACCAGUCUUUCUCGUUAGUUGUCCUUCAAUAUUGAGCUUUCAGGAGGCGAAACCCGCUUUAAUGUUAAAUUGUUAGGUUGUGACUACACCAAACUGCAUGGACUACUGACCCAGAUGUCUUAAUAUGCUAUGCUUUUAAGUGGCAAGCAUUAUUUAUGCACAGUAGCAAACAGUUUCUAGGCCCCACAUUGUUGAAUUAUGACUGAGUAUCUUACCAGAGAGAAAACACAUCUACAUGCACAAGCUGCCGUAACUCAUGGAUUGACAUGUGAUUUGCAGGAAACUUCCUGUAGGAUCAAAAAGAACGACGGCGGAAAAUGGUCGAAAAGCAGAAUUCCAGGAGGCGUAUGCAUCAGGAGUCGCUUAGUUAAAGCUAGAAUCGUAUCACCUAUAAUUAAAAGGGGGACUGGAAUGAUCAUAUUCGGCUUAUUAGCCGUCAUCAGCCAGUCAUACUAGACUCCAGGUUUUGCAAACCCUCAGGCUUGUUCAACCUUUCGGUAGAUUGGUGAUAAGCAUAGCAGCCCCGAGCACGGUACCGGGUACUCACAGAGUGAAAGCUUCUUAAUAAUAUAUAAAAGGCCACUUUUUGUCUGUGCGAAUGCAGACCCGGUUUUGUGCAAUAAUUUACCGUACUAACAACACAGGUAUUAGCUAAAAGCCCAGACACGCGUGUUUCGCCGAUCUUGUGCCGCUGCCUGACGCAGCUGCGAGGGGUUCGGCUCGUCAGUGGGUCCCCCAGCUUUCCCCGUGUGUUUUCUGGUAUAUGAACUCCAGUUUCAACUUGCCUUGUUUAAUUUCCGAGGAAAUUAAUGCGCGAACUAGGAGCCGGUUUUAUGGAAUCAUGCGUAUGACGUGGAAAUCUUUUGUUCUUUCAAGAUAACCUAAAUGCCUCCCUCUUAAAAUGAAGUUUAGAAAAUAACUCAGCCCUUAUUAACAUUCGGUGCGGGCCGAAGAAGUGCACGAACCAUAACUUCAUUUUUUCCAUUUCCCGCCUUGCUGGUUGAUUUGGUUGGCGCAUUUUUUACCACUGCUUAAAAUGGUUUCGAUAUCAUAGGUGUUCUGACCAGCGACAUGCAUAGACAGAACUCCUUAAUGGCAGGUGCAGUAACACGCUAAUCCUGGUGCAAGUAAAGUGACAACUCUGUCCAUGCAUCGUAAAAUGACGGUAGAAAAUUCGAAAAAGCGGCCCUUCCUAUCGAAGAGGAUUUUUGAAUAGGUAUUUUUUGGGAAGUAGCCGACAGCGACCUGAGAAGUACAAGCGGUCUCAGCACCUGAACUGGCGUAGAGUGAAUGGCCUACGUCGGACUUGAAUCAGCAAGCAUUCAAGUAACCAGCCAGAAAUCAUUGCACCAGUCUUUCGCGUUAGGUGUCCUUCACAGCACACAAUAUUGAGCUGUCAGGAGGCGAAACCUGCUUUAAUGUUAAAAAGUUAGGCUGUGAGGACUCAGAAUACCUCAUCUGCCCACGGUGAGCACCAAACUGCAUGACGCAGAUGUUUCAAUAUGCUUUUAAGUGGCAAACAUUACUUAUGCUCAGUAGCUAAACUGGCGCGGAACCCAGUUCGAAGCCGGUUUCUAGGUGCUACCAGACAGAAGACACAUCUACUUGCAGAGAGUGACGUAACUCAUGGAAUGGUAUGUGAUUUGCAGGAAAAUUCCUGUAGGAAAAUGGUCGAAAACCAGAAAUCUGGGAGACGUGUACAUUAGGAGUCGCUUAGACCAGAUCAGAUCAGAUUUAUCAAGGGAAAGGUAGGCGAGCGCCUUUGAACUCCCUUUUGGUUACAAUAACGUCAUAAGAAAACAAUAUGUAAGGCAAGUGUGAAAAAAAUUAGGUAAGUAGUUACAUACAACAAGCAUUGGUCACUGGUAUGAAUUUGUCUGUGAAUGUCUUCUAUGUCAAAAUUGUACAAUAUCCUGUACGGUACUGAAUGGACCAAGUAAUAUCAAAGCAAGAGCAUAUGUGGCGGUCAGGUUAGAAUAGUCUUACUGACAAAUAAAAGGAGAACUUAAAUGGCCAUCUCUUAAAAUGAAGUUUAGAAAAUAACUCAGCCCUCAUUAACAUUCGGUGCGGGCCGAAGAAGUGCACGAACCUUAACUUCAUUUUUUUCCAUUUUCCGUGAAAAACACGUCUUUUCCUAUUGACACCAAACGACGUAUUCAUAUUUUUAAGUGUGACUUACCUCCUUACCUAACCUUUUCUAAAAUUCCGCAUUCGUUUCAGUCUAGAUGGAAGGUAGCAUGAUAUGAAUGCUUAAAAAGUGUAUUUGUUAUUACACUUAUAAACCCUUGGCAAAAGUAGCUACUAUUCGUCAUGGCGCCCAAGUUUAUUGCAAAAAAAUGUCUUACACUUUCUAACACAUUGCCUACACCUGUUGUCUAACGUAUUAAGCCUAAUAGACUUUCAAAAGUGACAUAUGAACCCUGCUCUAAACGACCGAAAUUUCUACAACACAUGACUCAAGCCCCUCAAAUUUCACUAUUUAACAACUGAACCCCAUCGGGGCCCUCAGCUAGUUAUUUUAUGAUCUGUGAGGUCCUACCAUCUGAACUGGCUAGAAUCAACGAUGUACCCUUUAAAUAUUAUGCUCUUAUAAACCUCCAUUCUGUCCCUUAGAAACUCCGGCGGAAAAGUCAUUAAUGAGUAUUUACUGGAGGCGGUCUCCCAGGGAAAGUCGAGGUCUUCCAUUCAGUACGGUGAUGUGCGUCGGAGUCUGGCAAAAGCGGUUUUUAACGAAAAAGGUGCGUUCAGCGCAGGCAUUUGAACUCAGUCUGCUUCGGCACCCCCAAGCCUUGUAUUCCCCUUCUUUGCCCACUUAAUGGACCUCUCUUUCUUGCCCUCUCAUCUCUGAAGAAUGUAGUAUCCACCGAGCCCGGUCUGUUUAGGACGCGUGGCUCUUUAGAGGUUGCCGAAACUGGGGUCCACACUUUCAUGUGGCUUCAUAUGACGCAAAUAACUGGAUUAUGGCUCCAACGAUGGUGUACAUCAGGUUGAGUGUAAAGUUAGGUGUAAAGCGCGUAACCUGCUCAAAAUAUCGAAACUCGAGUGCAUUACUGAACCCUUAAGUGGCUAUUCAAUGCAAAGUAAGUGCGAGACUGGCGCUGGACAUUUGGGAACAUGUGAUGAAAAUAAGCACGGUACAAGGAACGAAAUUGACUCAUGUCUGUACCCCUUUGAAUUUUGAGGCCUCAAAAGGUUGAACCAUUUUUUUUCGGUGCUGGAUCGUCAAAAGUCCAUCUCCUUUAUGGUUGUACAGGGAACUACGCGUACUGGAAAGUCGGUAAUUAAAAGCACCGCAUGAAAAAUUGUUCAGCCAUUCUGGCAUGCCGUGGAAUGGAAAAGAUCGGUCAGAUGGACUUGCAAAAAUAUCAGGAGAUAUAAUUACAGGGUAUUCUGUAUAAGGUUGCACACCGAACCUAUCUUUAACCACUGUGCAAGUUACGCUCGGGCAAUGUACCACGACUCAAGCACUGCGCAUUUGUUCUGUUAAUUCGUUCGUAUUUUCUAGAGAAAAUGGACAAGUAAUCGAUUUUUUGUAGGCAUUUUAUUUUAUUCGUUUGAGGCAAAGUAUGUCUUCUUCAAAUUUUGUGCCCGAAGGAAAACUGUCUUUCAGUGCUAGGAAAGUUUUUUUCAGUUCCCGAAUAGAUUUGGACCCGAUUUACCGCCUGUUUUUCGUUGAGGAUUUUCAAACUUCUAUUGAGUACGAGUUCUAUUUUUCUCAACGCUUUUGGUAAGGUGUCGAACAUAGUCGUAAAAUCGGGCAAUGGAUAUAAACUACACUCUACGUUCCAUGAGGGGCAUUAAUAAACGAGUAGGUACGAUGUUAUUUGAGCAGACAUUUCACGGCCCUGAAGUUCUCAUAAUUCCUAACUCGGCCGGAAAAUGUCGUCUUUGGAUUUAAAAAAACUGGAUACGUUGUUUACUACCAAAUGAGUACGUUUGUGCGUUUCCUCCAAAAUAUGUUGUGGUUUAUAAGGACUUUGAAAAGCAAUGGAAAAGCUCAUAGUAAUACAGUUAUUUUUACCAAGUGUGAUUUUUCAGGCCACCUGUAAGAUGCAUUCAGAAGCCGACAUUCUGUCAUAACUUAAACAUCUUGGCGCAAUGCCGUUUGAUGCUCUACAUUACAACCCCACAAAAAUAUUCUUUUCUAUCCAAAAGGAGUUAUUGUUUGUUUUGCAAGAUUCCUAAGUUAAACCGUGUGCUCUUUAAACUGUUGUUUUUGUGUUUAGUUACAGUACUGGACGCUGUUGACAAUUUUCGUUGGCACAGUAAAGAAACUUGGAUAUCCUAAAACAUAUUUCGGUCAAAAAGAGAUUAACUGUAUGCCAACAUUAAGAAGUCAGCGCAAAUGCAUACGCGACAUGACAGUUCGACCGUCGGCUUCGACGAUGUCCGCCGUAUGCUCCACAACAGAGUGAGGGCAGGCACGGUGACUUGCGCGUGAUUGACAGCAGACUUGCGCAGCAUCUACCGCACUCCGCCUCUCCCACUUGAGCUCGAUGUCAAGACAUAGUCAAAAAGACCGGGAGCGGGAAAGGACGCAGGUGGCUGGCACCUAGGUGUACCGCAAACCCCCUCGCCUACAACGGGUACUGACCAGGAUUUCAAUCAACAACAGCACUGAGGGUCGUCGGGGAUCUCAAUUGGCGCGACUUGAGCCGACAAAUGGGUCUUGCCACCACACUCAAAAUGUGGGCAUUUGUUAUGGGUAUACAUUCCCGAUUACGCCUGCCGUCUCCUAUCUAGCCCCCGUGUUGGUACAGCACAUCUGCAUCUAGGGGCAAAUACGCGACACAAGUAUGCAAUUGAAACCAUAUCUGAGGGGCUUCAAUCGAUAUUUUGGAGGUUCUGUAAGGUGUACUAUUCAUUUGGGGCAGAAUCUCACAUCAGAGGCUGGCCGACAAAAAUAGGGGAUAAUGUAAAAAAGAUGAACACACGAUCUCUGGGACAGUACGUGUGUUAGGAGUGCAGGGGGUGGUGUUUGCGAUAAGGCUGAGUACACGCCGUCUCACGGCGGCGUGACUGCGUGCACCCUUGGCUGGGAAUUGGGUCUCGUCUCUUGGCCGCGGGAACGGAGCGCGUGAUAGCGGGAGGGGUAUAUCAACGUAUUUGUUGAUGGCGUUGGUGUCAGACACCCAGGUCUCCAGCAGUCUUCGCCCCGUCUUAUUGCUGGCCCGCGCCAUUCUCCGUGUACUCGCGAAGUUAAAUUUGUGGCCUUCCUCCGGGGUGGGAAUGGCGACUUGAGAUAACGGGUUGCCUCUCUGGACUGUCCGUUACUCGCGAACUGAGCCGUCGUCCGGUCUGUCCUGUGUAACGGCGAGGACAGUCCCGGCAUGGGAUCUGAUAACAGUGGAUAAUGGGACAACAGUUCUUUUGGACCUGUCAAAUGCUGCCUUCGGCCGGUCACGCCACGGACCGCCCAAUCACCGGUUGGUAGACAGGCGUGGACAGUCGAUUUGGGCAUGGGAGAGAGAAAGAGAGGCCAACACUGGGGUUGGGGAAUCCAUCCCUACGACAAAUCGACACAUUCCUCGCUGUAAUAAGUCCGACUCUUGCUGACCGGCCGCAUACCUCGGUCCGUCUCGGGACUGAGAGUCAUGUUGCAGUGGCUCCUUCCUAGUGUGGCCUUUAUGGCACUCGCCCUCAUGUGGGACCUGAGCCACUAUUGAGAAGGCCUGGUAGACGCAUUGAGACCAGGUCGCGCGUGGCACGCUCAGACGUACUGUUUAACUUUGUCAGCCACUGAGCCCAUGCCCACCUCUGGGCGUGUGGCUAUUGCCCUGUCACCGGAGCCUUUUUAUUUUAUUUGGUAAGGAUAAUAGGCAAGGCCUUUGAAAACCCUACUGAUUACAUGCCAGCAUGUUAGAUACAACUGUACAUGAACAAUGAAAAUAAUCGCUAUUAAAACGUUACUUGAUUCAGUUAAGUAACAUCGUUCCAAAUAAAUAAAUUACCGGUGUGGCGGGGCAUUUAGUUCAGGUCCAGACUGGCACGCGUAGACGUGCCGCUUCACUUUGCCAGCCACCGCGCCCACGCUCACGCUACUCUCUCGUCAUCGGAGCCGUUUCCCAAGUCCGCAUGCGAAGUUUAAAGAUGUAAUUUCCUGCUUAAUAACUCGGAAUUUAUUUUUUCGUUUGUCCUCCCUAGGACCAGUAUCGUUCAUUCUAUAUGCGUGUUCAAAUUCCCUGUUUUUAUCACAGGUGACGUUCGUCAAGCUGAAGAGAAGCCUUUUAACCUCUCAUUAACAUAAACGCACGUUUGAGGACUUUAGUGGACCAUUUGCGAAUUAGAACGUCUCUCAUCUAGGUAAUGUGCGAUGCCUCUGAAACCCUAUUGUAAACGGUACAUGCAAUAUAUAACUUUAAAUAAACUAGCUACUAUAAGGUUGUCAGUAAUAUAUACACUUAACAUAAUAUUUUCGUUUGAAAAUGCAGGGCCGAAACUCGAGAACAUUCAGUUGUGGAUGAUAUCGGUCAAAUGAAAUGACAGUCAUCCGCAUCAGCGGUAGAUGUAUGCAGGGCGUUGGUAUGGCACAAAAGAGCUGUUCUGUCCAGACAAGCGGUAUUUUCCAAGUAAACAUACAUGUAGUCUUUGCUUGAAUUUCUCCGUGGAAUCCGCCAUUAUCACGUCCUCGGGAAGCCCGUCCCAGGCACUGACGACUCACUGUGAAAAGCGUAUCUGCGAAUGUCCAGGCGGCAUCGGGAUCCCCGAAGUUUUAGAGAGUUUCCACGCAGGUUUGUUGUUGUGGCCAGGGUGAAGAAAUCGUCGAGGUUUAGGGCACAGUCCCGGUUCGUCAAUAUCCGAUACGCCUGUAUGAGAUCUCCUUGAAUCUGCCUGUAUUCAAGAGGAAAUAGUUUAAGCUCACUAAGUCUGCAGUUGUAAGGUAAAGUCCCGAGGCCUUUCAAAAUUGUUGUUGCUCUCCUCUGGACUCUUUCUAGCAGCUCAUAGUCUUUUUUGAGCCACGGACGCCACAUCUGGAUUCCAUAUUCCAGAUGCGAACGAAUGAGCGCUCUGUAUAAUUUUCCAAAUAACUCUUUGUCUACAUUUGUGAAAGUUCGUUUAAUUGCAAAGAAAACACUGGGUGCCCUUUUGGCCGCCCUAACGCACUGAGAGGAAGGCUUAUCUUUUAUUGGACCGCAGAUCGCUACUCCAUCCAGUAUUGAAGACAUAUUCAUGUCUAUUUUCUUACGUCUUCUGUCCCCGACGGUAUUAAUUUUUUGACUGAACCACUUGUAAGAAACUUGGCACACUCGGCGGAAUUCGAACCCGCAACAGAAGAGGCAAGGCGCCCAAAACACCUGGCUUAUGCGACACCACCACGGAGGAGCCUUGCCUCUUUCUCACUUGAACUAAAUUAGCCGUUCAGUCCACUGCAGCACAUCGAAUCCACCAGAUGACUACUGGGUGUUUUGAGUUGCAGCAGUUCGCCCCUUUGUUGUAAUUUGGUCGGUCAGCUUAUUCGGAUCAGCCAUCCACACUAGGACCCAAUUAUACCCUCCCACUUAACUUGUGACUGUUCACAGCUAUGGACUUGGUAAUUAGUAUUUGUUUGCGUUGUCAAGGAUCUUUUUGCGGAUGACUAGGCGGGUAACUUGGUUCGAAUUCCUGAGUUUCGUGCGUUUCUAUCCUACUAAUUUUCACAUACACCCACUUCCCUCCACAUCUGCCGGAGAAACAUUCUACAAAUGGGCCAAAACGUCACGCGGCGCAAUUCCGCUGUCCCAGAAGAAUUAUCCUCACACCAGCCGGCUGUUUUGCUGAUAUGCCAGAAAUGGGUCAAUAACUGCUGCUGCUGCCACAGUGUCCUGUGUCUGUAAAACAAAUCGUUGCUGAUAGAAGCGAACGAGUGAGUUCCAGGAAGCAGUUCAAAAGACGAAGAUGCUAUCACUGGAACAAGAAAUUUAUUGGUCUGACGUUUCGGAUUCUCACUGGAACCCAUCAUCAGAGACAGUCGCAAAAAAGGGAUGACGAAAUCCCGGCAAUUAACAACUCGGACGCGGACUGACAAGCCAUCACCGCAUCAAUUACGACCCCAGCGGUGAUUGCGAGAGCUGUAAAUUCCAGUAUGCAUACGGUCCCACGGCAGCCACGUGCGAUAAAUACUCCACUCCUUGUGCGACCAGUACCCUUAUCUGCGACUGUCUCUGAUUAUGGGUGUUAAUAUUCUUUAGACUUUCUAGAUUCAGUGCUGUUUUAUUGACCGGAAUAGACGCACCCGAGGUUAAAGCUAUGUCAGAAGACAGUCAGGAUAACUCGGUUAUUCUUGAUGGUUCUAUAGCAAUAAAUAGAAAGAUUAGUGGAGCACAAUAAGGCGGGGAAUAAAUUGAAAGGUGGACGUACAUUCAAGGUCGAGCAGUCAGCGAAUGACGCCAAAGUGUGGUGGUCGGUCUAUAAGCGAGCGGCAACAAAGAGCAAUAGACAAAGGAGAAAGAACAAUGAACAAAGAAUGCCGAGAACCGACGAAUAGGUAUACAGAGACAAACACAGGGUGGUAUGAAUAAAGUCUGGUUACUGACAAACGGUGAGUAGCAAAAAUAGAGACAAUAAAAUAAAUUGCCACCAGGGAUGUCACAAUGGGUUCGAGUGAGAAUCCGAGACGUCAGGCCAAUAAAUUUCUUCUUCCAGUGAUCGCAUCAUUGUCUUCCAAAACAAGUCAUGUUUCUCGGAGGUACGCCCAACAAAGUCAAUAGGUGCGUUUGUUUUACUGCGGUGAGGCUUUGGAGAACUCUCCCUAGGCGCAUUUUCUUCGCCCUCUGCCUUUCAGGCGCCUUCGAGUUGUCGAACCUGAUCAGCCAACACCUCAUAACCGCGCUGGUUCCCUUCCUGCCCCUGCAGGAGGUGCACGUUCGUCGAUGUAUCGCGGAUGCGGCGGCACGCAUGCAGGUGGAGGCCACGGAGGAGAUGAAGGAUUUCAUUGUCGACGAACUGGACUGGGGCCCCAAUGACAUGCACAUCUUCUCGGAGUCCGGUUGCAAGCUCAUCUACGAAAAAGUGGGCUUUUACCUGCAGCACACUGCGCUAACCAAAGAAAUUGAUGAUGAUGAUUCCAUCCAGACAAACCCUCAUGAGCCUUAA